AUGGCAUCUCAACCACUCCCAGUUCUUGUCAUCAUUGGCGGCGGCGGCAUCGGUCUUGCCACAGCCCACCGCCUUGGCCCUGGCCGACGAGUUCUGUUUGCAAGCCGCUCCCCCUCCACCCUCGACGCAGGGGCCGAAUCCCUCAAAAAGAAGAGCAUUGAGGUUACCACGAAACAGGUCGACGUGUCUUCCUAUGACUCCGUGGCGGCCGUCGCAAAGGCGGCCGCAGCCCUGGGCGCCAUCGAGGCCGUCGUACUCACAUCCGGCGUCAGUGCGGUAGUCGGGUCAGUCGAGAUGAUUCUGACAGUGGACAUCCGGGGCACCGCGAAUGUCAUUGAUGCGUUUGGCAAAGAAGUUGUCAUGCCUGCGGGUUCUUCGCUUGUUUGUACCGGUAGUAUAGCGCAAGGCUUAUGCCCACCCAUGUCCCCAGAGCUGGAGACGCACCUCGCUACGGCACCGCUCUCAUCCCUUUUGUCUCCGAAUCAGGAGCUUGAUCAUAUGAUUAGUGGAAAGAGCAGAGUUGCAUAUUAUGUUGCGAAGAAGGCCAACUUCCUGCGGGUUCAGGCAGCGGCGGCGUCGAGGGAGUAUGCCGGCAGAGGUGUAAGGGUUAAUUGUGUUAGUCCCGGGAUGACGGAGACGAACAUGCUUACGGCAGAAAAGUCGGUGGAUAUGGUGGGUGAUAUGAUUACUGCUGCGCUAAAGGUUCAUCCUUUGAAAAGGGCGUCCGCGGCGGAUGAGAUUGCUCAGGCGAUUGAGUUCGUUGUGAAAUGCGGCUACGUCAAUGGAGUUGACAUCCUCGUUGAUGGGGGAAUCAGCGCGGUCGAGUUGUGGAGUAGCAUAGUCUAUCCUGAAAAGGCAGCGAAUCUGAGGAAGUCCAUUGAGGAAUAG